CUGCAAGAGAAUUAAUUCAACUUCGACGCGAGAAUCAUGACGAUUUUGAGUUUGUUCCUAAUAAUCGCCAUGAAAAGAUAUGGAGAAUCAUAUCUAACCAAUUGUUUCUUAAUAGAGGGUUCGCCGCUUCUCUCUCUCAAUAUCGUAGAAAAUGGUACUCAUUAAAAUAUGAAUAUAAAAAUCUUAAGAG